CGUAACACCGUACCUUUAAUUUCAUCGUCUAGUUCAGUUGCAAUCUGCCGCCUUCACAAGAGUCAGCUAGCCAGGCAAGCAAGAAAGGUCAGUAGCCUUGGUGAAGGAUGGUCGGAAGCGUCAGAAGAGAGAGGAGAAGGAAAGGCGAGGAGUCCGGUCCGCGGAAGAUGGGCACCUCGUUUCGCCCAGGAGGGUUUUCGUUCACCGGGUACGUGUACUUGCUCACGUACCUUCUCAUGGCCAUCACGGGCUUGGGCUACCUGGCAUUGACCUGGUCAACGGUAGUCCUUCUCGGAGGUUUCGUCACUUCGCUGCAGAGGAAGGAUUUUUGGUGCCUCACGGUCAUUAGCAUGCUGCAGGCUGCCAGGAUUUUUAACGAUCUGGGAGACCAACUGGUCACAAAGUUUUUCAAUCUUCUGAUUGCGUUUAACCGCAGAGCUGUUUCCGUAGCACGGGAAUGGCUUGCUUUUCAGACUAUUGAUGGAAAGCCCAUACCUCGGAAAAAGAUAGGCAAUUGGCUCAGGAUUCUCAUUGUUAUCUACGUUGUAGUGGUAUACAUACCUUUGCUGCCGUUGCUAGCCGGAUGCUACAUUGUAGUGUUCCUCUAUGGCUAUGGUGGGCCCAUCGUCUGCAUAGGGCUCGCGCUGUGGCGCAUUGUGCAGCGUGACUACGGCAGUAAUGAUGGAGACGACACCAAGGCAAAUCUGACACCGGCAUUAGACUUGUUCUAUUGUCUAAUCCUCUGUCAAGGUGUGCUCUACAUGACGUGGCUUUGGUCUCAUCCUCCUGGGGGAGCAUUUAUUAUCGUAACAUCCCGCCAAGAUUACAAUCUACCCAGAAAGUGGGGCUACAUAUGGCUUGUCGACUACCUCUUCGACACCCGAGCGAAGUGCUGGCAGGACCCAGCAUCCAUCCAAGGCAGCACAAUGAGCCGCUACGCCGUCGACUUGAUAGACUCUGAAUCUUGGGACGAUAACCUCUCUGGAUUGAGGAUGCUUGCCACGUUCAUCAGGCAGGAAGCAGAUGUUAGGUCACUACUGCUUCCCUCCAGGGCUAGAAUCCAGAAGCUUAUCAACACACUGGGAUGGAGAGCUAGUGCCAGCAGGGAGAUGAGGGAGGCUGCCGGGUGCAUAGUGGCGCAUCUUGCCAGCGACAUCCAUCUUGCCCAGUUCCCUGGGGCGAUCCGGUGCAUAUCAACUUUGCUCCAAGAUGAAGCCACUCUGACGUACUGGUGGAACUGCGACCAGAAACAAGACCACACCCAUCUUCGUACUGGUUCCCGAUCCACAAUGCAUACAUGGAUUAAUAUCCUUGAAAAAAUUAUGCCAAAGGCACGUGAACAAGAGGUUAAUCGGCAAGGUGAUGAUGAUGAUGAUAGGCAGCACAAGAAGCACGUGGUCGACGUAAAAGGGGGUGGCUGCAACGAGCUGAUCCUGCAAGGACUGACGAUCCUGGAGAGGCUAGCGUCCGACCAGCAUAACUGCAUGGACAUAUGUAGGAACCCAAGCCUCCUUCCCAGGAUCAUGGCUCCGCUCUGUUCCAACACCUUGAUACAAGGGGCCAAGACCAGUGCAUGGGCUGACGUGGUAAAUGGAUCUUUCAAGGUGUUGUACAGGCUCAUCAGGUGUCCUGGCUGGACUGGCAAAUGUCUGCGCCGGGACAUCGCUACUAGCGAACAAGGAAUCAGCAACCUGGAGAGCAUUCUAGACCAGAGCAAUGAAGCUGGCCAGGAGCUGCAGAUGCGAGCCAUGGAGAUCCUAACAGAACUGGCCUUGGAUUCGUCUACCAACCUCACCAUGGAAACGAAAGAAAAUCUCAUGAAGAAGCAGCUGGAGAUCUUCCUUGACGAAGAAUCUGCUGCCAUAUCCAAAGACCUCAAAGCCACAGCAGGUAGAACACUGACAUUCCUGAUAACCAACAGCAAAGUGAACUGUUCCGUAGUCAAAGAUUACUUUGGCCAUCUCACUGAACUACUUGACGCCAAGAACAACACCACAUACAGAAUGAUAGCAGCACAGGUCUUGGAGAAUAUAUGUGCUCACUGUGAUUUAGACAAAGAAUGUGUGAAGGACACAUUGCUGCCACAGAUCCUUACGGGAAUACAGUCCAAUAAAAGGGAACCGCCCGAAGGUGCCGACGAUCAAGGAGAUGAUGAGAAAACUGAAACAAAAGAAUUGCAAGAAAAUUUUUUAUCGCUUACUCUGGUGAUAUAUGACAAUCUGAUCAGCAUUGAUGAUUUCGACGAUGCAAUUCAAAAGAACGGCUUAGGAAAUGGAGAAUUCGUGGUGAAGCUCAAGACUAUAGUAGAAGAGAACUGUAAGGAAACAGUUAUCAGUUUGAGAAUUGUGAAGCUCUGCGGCCAGAUUGCUGCAACAAUGAUGAUGCGCAGCCAGUAUACUGAACAUUUCAAAAACCAGGGAUUCGCAGAAUCACUAUCCAAGGCUAAGAAAAUUAUGUCUAAUCUUGAAAGUUGCGUUCUUUUUGCUGGGACAGAACUUCGACUGAAGAAGAUAGCCACGCCUCUCCUCUCCGAGAUAGAGAAAGAACUUAAUUGAGAUUGAUACCCUUGUGCUAUUCCGAUUCUCCAAAACAGACUACGCCUUGGCUUCUUUUAUAUCUCUGUUCUGCAACAUAGGCAUGGCAUUGUGAGGUCGUGUGAUUAAUAUUUUCUUCAGAUGACACCGGCAUUGCAAAGUGGUUUAAUUCAUGACAAUGUAAUGUGCAUGCGUCGCAUGGUAUGCUUAUUAUGGAUUUUGAUGAAUUUCAAUGUAUUCGUGUGAAUUUGUAUUGUAACU